UGAACUUAAUAGUCUGAGAAGGCUAAUACAUGGCGAGUGAUGACACAGACAUACCAUUGAGAAACAUCCCAUAAAUGAUGGGGGAAAUCGAACUACAAUUCAACACUGAGAUGGCAAUCUCGUAAUUUAUCCAAGUUCUAGGCCCAUUUACUACCCAGCCAAGAAACAAUCAAAUCCGAAAACCCUACACCAUUCCAAAUUCGAACACUCGUCACCAUCAUCAUCAGCCAUGGGGCUUCUAUCUUGGUGGAAACCCUCCCAAAAACCCACCUCCGAAACCAAAAAACCCGAUCCGAAACCCGGUUCUCCUCCCGAAAUUCCCGGCAUGAACGGCGCCGUUGAGGUUCCGAGGCCACAGGCUACGCCAGAUGUUACGGUUUUCGAAUUCGGGUCGGUCGCAGCCUCGUCCGACAAGGUGACGCUCGCCGGGUACUGCCCGGUUUCCGACGAUCUGGAGCCGUGCCGGUGGGAGAUUUUACCGGCGAGUGGCUCUGACGCGCCGCAGUUUCGGGUAGUGUUCUGAAGAAAAAAGGAAACGGAUUGUAAGGAACUACCGAACUAGAAAACACUCUUUUGGAGUUUGAUUAUGUGAAAUCUGAAAAGGGUUUUGUUUAAUCCCUUAAACUUACAAAAAGAAAAAAGGAAAAAAACUCUAAUUCUGUUCGAAACUUAGCAUUGUUCAAUUGGAUUUUUUUUCUUUAUUCUA